AAUCCCUCCUGCACGGGGUGGCAGACAGAACCGCGCUCCGGGGCUGGGCUGGAAUUAACCUGUCGCUGCUGCCCAGGUGAGAAGAGCUGAGCCUGCCUGGCCAGUCCCUGCUGGGCGCCAGGGAAGAGACGCGGAGUCAGGAUAAUUCAGCACCCGGAGCUGGUUUGGUCGGUGCCUGCUGAGGCUUGGGAGGGAUAAAAGCAGCAACCAAGAGAGCUUUGGAACAGCUCCUUUGAAACCUGCUCAGACCCAGCCUGGCUGGUCGGUAUUUUGGCAAAACUCCCCAGCAAAGGAUAUUGCAAAGGGGGGUUCCCAGAUCACCCCACGUAGCCAAACCGCGCCUGAGCCGUAACUGAGGGAGCUGGUUUGAAACUGCCCUUUGGAAGGGCCCUGCCAGACCCAGUGGGAACAGGCCGUAGUGAUUGCUGGCUGCAGAAAGGGGGUUCAAGUGACCAUGUCUCCACUUUCGGAGCCCACACGUCUGUCGGAGAGAGAAGAGAUGGCAAAUGUGUCACAUCCUGAUGAGGGGAUGCAGCCGGAUCCACUCCCGGACUCCAAGGAAACCCAAAGGGAACAAAAUGGGGAGACUCAUGUUGUGUCCAUCCCAGCACAGAGCGGAAGGAGACGCCCGACGGGUGUUGCAGGUUUGCUGGCUGGAACACAGAUAUGUGACCCGGUUCUCUGUGGCUCGCUGUGCGUCCUCGUCCUCUUCAGCCUCACCCUCAUUAUCAUCUUCACCGUCACGGCUCAGUCACGAAAGACAAGUGAGCCCUGCCCAGCUGGUGCUGCCUGCUCAGGGGCCAUCUGCCCCAACAGCUGGGUCGGAUACCAGGGGAAGUGUUACUAUUUCUCCAAGGGUGAAGGGAACUGGACCGACAGCCAGAGCAACUGCUCUGCCCUGAAUGCCUCCCUGGUGGGGAUUGACAGCACCCAGGAACUGGAGUUCAUGAAGCGCAAUAGAGAAUCCUACGAUCACUGGAUCGGCCUAUGGAAGAGCCCUGGCCAGUCCUGGGAAUGGUCCAAUGGCACCAAAUUCAACUCCUCGCUCUUCAUACGAGGCGGAGGCGAUUGUGCUUAUGUGGACAGCGAGGGGAUUGCCUCUUCCAGCUGCUCUGGACAGUUGCGCUGGGUCUGCUGCAGGCCAGAGGGAAGGCCAAAGCCAUAGGUCCUGUCCGCUAUUUGAAGGGGCAAGAAAUAAUGGACUCUUCAGGCAAAAAACGGAGCUGGGAACCCUAGCUGGUAGAGGGAAGUGUCCUGAAGAGGAUGCCGAGGUCAAAGAGAAACAUGGGGAAACACCAGCUAGAGCAGCCUUUCUUAAACUGUGUCCUGUGGCACACCGGUGUGCUAUGAAUCAGAGAUGUGCUGCUGAAAAUAGAAUUAAAAAUGGUCAGCCUUAAAGGGACAGGCGACUCCCCCCCCCAUCCCCAAUAAUUUUCCCCCUGACUAUUUUUUGUCUUCCUUUUUUUCCCUCUUUUUUCUCAAUAACUUUUUCCUGGCCUCUUUUCUUUUUCUUUGGCUCAACAAAAACUCCUUGGCGUUCCUCAUUUUAAAAAAAUUGUUUGGUGUUCCUCCGUCUUCAAAAGUUUAAGAAACACUGAGCUAGAAAGAGGCGUCCAGGGAGUCAACAAGCUAAUUCCCAGGACAGGCGGCUGGAGACGCCGUGGUGGUGAGUCUGCCUCGUGACAGUGCUAUUAGACUAUUUCGGCUGCGUCUAGAUUGGCAUGAUUUUCCAGAAAUGCU